UCUAAUGGAAAAAGAGUAAAGGGUCAAAAAGUGCUUUUGCUUAGAGUUUCGUAUCUACCUGAAACUAAAAGGAGGUUGGAUUCUUGCUGUUUUGCAAUGGAACAGGUAUGGUUGCUGCUCCUGCUGACGAUUAAAGUGCUUUCAGUGACUGCUCAGUUCAAUGGAUACAACUGUGAUGCUAACCUCCAUAGCAGGUUUCCUGCUGAACGAGAUAUCAAUGUUUUCUGUGGAGUACAGACAAUAACUAUGAAGAUAAAUUUUUGCACAGUUCUUUUCUCUGGUUAUUCUGAGACAGAUCUGGCACUGAAUGGGAAACAUGGGGAUGCCCACUGCAGGGGUUUCAUCAAUAACAACACCUUUCCAGCAGUGGUCAUUUUCAUCAUCAAUCUGAGUACUUUGGAAUCCUGUGGAAACACUUUAGUGGUAUCCUCAGCUCGAGGUAUCAAUGCUUAUGGAAAUACCUCAGUGAUACAGAUAGGUAAUGUUUCGGGCUAUAUUGAUACGCCAGACCCACCAACAAUUAUCAGCUAUUUGCCUGGGCUUCUGUACAAAUUUAGUUGUAGCUACCCACUGGAGUACUUGGUUAACAAUACCCAACUUGCUUCGUCAUCAGCUGCUAUUUCUGUAAGAGAGAACAAUGGUACAUUUAUCAGCACUUUGAAUUUGUUGCUUUACAAUGAUUCAACAUACAGCCAGCAGCUCCUUAUUCCAAGUACAGGUUUACCUUUGAAAACCAAAAUAUAUGCAGCUGUAAGAGCAACCAACCUUGAUGGAAGGUGGAAUGUUUUGAUGGACUACUGUUACACCACUCCAUCUGGUAAUCCUAACGAUGAUCUUCGAUAUGAUCUUUUUUUAAGCUGUGACAAGGACCCACAGACAACGAUAAUUGAAAAUGGCAAGAGUCAAAUGGGCCGGUUUUCCUUUGAGGUGUUUCGCUUUGUGAAACACAAGAACCAGAAGAUGUCAACGGUCUUCCUUCACUGCGUGACAAAGUUGUGCAGAGCAGAUGACUGCCCCUUUCUUGUGCCAAUUUGCAGUAACAGAGAAAAGAGAGAUGCUGAUGGGAGGACAACUUGGAGCCCUCAGAGCACAUCUGGCAAUGCUGUAAUCUCUGCUGGCCCCAUCAUUACAAGGAGUGAUGAGACACCAACCAACAAUUCAGAGCUCGCUCAUCCAAAUGGACCUCCUUUCCAGAUGAACUCAGUCACCAGUGCGCUGAUUUCAGGCAUUGUCGUCCUAGGAAUAUCAAGCAUUUUCUUUUUUGUAUGUUCUCUAACUCUUCUGCACAGGAAUUGGCCCAGCAGUUCAGUCCUGAGUGGCAUCCGAAACCCAGUUUUCAACUGAAAGUGAUGAUUUAUUUGCACUUUUUCUUUGGGGUUGCCUUUCUUGUCUGUGAAAUAUGAUUCCAUUAAAAAGUAAUAUUAAGGCAACACUCCAGUGGUAUCCAGCUUCUAUUCCAGUUAUUAUGUAUUUUUAGAUUUGCUAGGUGUUGUGUAGGUAAGUGGCAGUGAUAUUGGUAAGAAGCCUAGAAAAUGAUGAGAAUCUCAAUUGUGUUUGCAAUCAGACUGCAUGACAUUAUGCCCAUGAGUGUGCUGACAAUAGAGCUCAU